AGUGACGUUGUCAGCUCUGUUGUGUUUUGAGUUUUCUUCAACUUUUUACUUUUAAAUAUGAAUUAAGGAUUAUUCAAUAAAUCGUGAAAGAAUCCUACUUACUAGAUGAAACUUAGGUGUUCCCACCUUUAGCCUGUCUAGAGGCAAACGCCUAAGGAAAUAAUGAGUUAGUAGUAAAAAGUGUUUUUUCUAAGAAUGUAAAACUAGGAGACUACUACUAGAAGAAAACUUAAACUCACUUAUUCAGCACCUGUUUAAUCAAGUCCAAUUAAAUAUGAAGUAUCAAAAACGUUACAACAAGUUCAGCUUCGAAACCAACUGUAGGAUAUGCUUAACUCAAAGUACAACCAGAUAUUCCCUCGAGAGACAGUUGAAAGGUUCUGAUGUAGGUCCAGUGAGUAUACAGGAAGCCCUAGAAGUUGUCACUAAUCAAAAAGUCUUAUUGAAUGAUAAUUACCCUAAUACAGUUUGUGGAAUGUGUUUUGAAUUGUUGAAGAUCUCUUAUGACUUUGUGCAGCAAUAUAAAAGCUCAAUGGAGAAGCUACGGGAACAAUUUGGUGAGGUGAAUCAGGACAGUGAAAGAAAACUAGCACAGGAAAAUGUUGAAGAAGAUGCAAAACGACAGAUUUCCAAUGGGAAACAUGCUCCAGUAGAAAUAUUGGUAGGAAAUGAAAAAUUCAACAUCAAAGACAUCCUGAUUGUGGAGGAAGACACAGAAGAAUCACCUGAUUUCCAGGGAUUUUUGAAAAACCUCGGAAAGGCAGUUAGUGCUAGUUUUGUCAAAAAAGACGUUCCGAAGACGAGUAUUGAUGAGGAGGAACCUAGUUUGGUGAUCGAAAAAAUUGUACAUGUUCCUUUAAUAGAACCUGUCACACAACAAACAGCCAGGAAACUUGUGAAAAUGAAAUCAACUAAUGUGAAAAAGUUACCAAACAAUAUUGCACUGUCAUUAAAGUAUAAUAAAUCAUUCUUGGAUACCUCUGAUAAUGACCUGACUGACAAUGAUUUCUUGGUGAAAGAAAAUUGCAACACUGAGGUAUACAAAAACUUAAAGAACCUACCUGAAAAUGAAAAAAACGCCCUAAAAUCCGCCCUUAACUUUAAAUAUAAGUGUCCCCAUUGCAACAAGUUUAUGGCAACACUAACCAGGGCAAAAAUGCACAGUAAAAGAUGCUUGAAAGGUAUCAAAAAUCCAAGCUGUAAUUUAUGUGACAAAAUAUUUGAGUCGAGGAGGGAACUUUUAUUGCACAUGAAAAAAAAUCAUUAUUCUGUAAAACCUCAGAAAGGUGAACUGGACGAUUAUAUUUGUAAAAUCUGUAAUAAGAUAUUCUGGAGUAAAGGAGGACUUGCUUAUCAUCUGAAUACACAUAUUGGUAAAAGACACAUGUGCGAUAAAUGCAGUAAACAUUUUUACACGAGAGCGGCAUUAAAAACCCACAUGCAAGUCCAUUCCCGGGAGAAAACGGUGGUCGUAUGUCCCAUUUGCGGCAAAGGAUUUCAUUAUCGCGGCGGUCUGUUUUAUCACUUGAAAAUCCACAGGAACGAGAGGAAUUUGCAAUGUAUUUACUGUCCCAGGAAAUUUUACACGACAACCUCCCUAAAACGUCACGAGUUAACGCAUACGGGAGCCCGUCCGUACGCCUGUCAGUAUUGCGAUAAAAGUUUCAGGUCCAAGGGGGAAAUGAAGAAACACGAAUGGCAACACACCAACGUGAAACCGUACACGUGUAAUUACUGUUCCGCGGGUUUUAGGCAAAUGUAUAAUAAGAACAUGCAUAUGAUGACGCACGGCGGAGACUUUCGGUGUUCGAUGUGCGGAAGAGGUUUUGCUGAUAAAAAUAUAUUGAGUUUCCACCUUAAGACCAAACACGGCAUAAAAAAACCAGAUCAAGACAUAAACGACGAAACAAAUACAAACGACGAACCCGCGAAAUUGGCAGACGAUCCUUCGGAACUGGAAGACGAUCUGGCAUCGCAAUACAUUCAAAUCGAAGGCGAAGAGACUCUGCAAUUCGACGGCGAAGAGUACUACAUCACUGAAUACAUCGAAGAAACGGAAAACGAGACCGCCGACGCCCUAAUAGUGAGCCAAAUGAACGCAGGCAGUUCCAAAGGUGAAACGCUAGUGGAAACCAUUGAAACGUUCGAGUGAAAUAAAACGCAUGAUUCAAAAGCUUUCGUUAUUUAUAUUUAAACUUUUUUUUCCAUUUUUUUUUAACCAAAAAAGUGGAAUCAAACAUUAUUUAACAAACUACUUUUUCAACAAUAUACGAUUUCUAGUUUUAUAAUAUAA